AUGGGGCGCGUGCGUGAAGCUCAGCACCAGAAGGGUAGCGUUGCAUCAGGAGAGCUGCUGCCGUACUACGCCCCCAUGACGCAGAUGAAGAUACCUGCCGGAACGAGAAAUCGGCAUCAAGCAUAUGAUGUACCGACGACGACGUACGCGCAGCUUGCAUGGCCGCCCAAGGGAACGUCACCCGAAGACGGUGCCGCUAAGUUGGAUGACCGGCAAUAUGGUCGAAACCACUGCCCUCCGCGGUCGAUGCCCUCUGCCGUGGCGAUGGAUGACGACCCGGCACCGCGCUCACCGGCACGGCCAGGACCAGAAGAAUCCCUGCCUACAGCCGCCAACCCGAGCGACGUACUCCUGGUAGACUUGGGAAGCCGGUCGCUAUUGCAAGAAGACCUGGAGAAGGCGCUCCGCCUAUGGACGCGACCGUCGAUCCUUAUUGCCGGGAGGAACUCACUGGAUCGACUGCCCGCAAACGUGCCUGGAACAAUACUUUACCUAGAUCUCUCGUGGAACAGACUAGCAUCGUUGGAGGGGUUUGCCGCGCUACCCAACUUGCGCGAGCUGGACGUUAGCCACAACAGCGUGCAGGACAUGCUCGGUUUGGUUUCAAACGUGGACCUACGCGUUCUCCGCAUAUCUCACAACCGCAUACGGCGAAUCGAGGGGAUUCAUCAGCUGAAACGCUUGGAAGAGGUGGAUUUCUCUCACAACCUCCUCAAAACGAAGGUGGACGUGCGCGCGCUCUCGCUCAACGCCGCGCUCCGCCGCCUCCGCAUCGAAGGCAACCCGUACUGCUCGACGGGGGUGCAGCACGGGACCUACCAGAUAGCCUUGCAGCACCUGUUGCCGGGAAUGAGCCUCCUGGACGGCAAGGCUCCCCCGGUGCUGUCGCUGUCCCUCUCCUCCACCAUGCCCUUACCCCCUCCCCCGCGGCCGCCCGCGCCGGGCAAGCCGGGGGAUCACCACCGCCACAACAGCCGCAGGAUGCCCCAUCGUACAAGUCGAGGGACCCCCUCCUCCUGUUCCCCUGACCGUCGCGGCAGCGGGUCGAUCAGGGAGGGCUUCAUGGCUUCUUCCUCGCUCGACUUCGUGGGCGACCUCAGCGUAGAAAGGCGGUGGCGCGAUUCCGCGGUCGCCGGCAGAUCACAGUUCACGCCGGACUCUCACCAGCGUGCCGUCGCCCGCGGGGGCGUCCGCGGCGGUGUCAGGGUUCGUGGGGGCGGCGACGGCAAUGGUGGUCGUGGUCGGGAACCGUGCAUCAAAGUCACGACCGGGGGAGGGGGUCCAACGGUGGCACCCGGGUCAUACGCGGAGAUUUUCGUCGCGGGGAUGCGCAAGGAAGGCUCAACAUCGAGGGUGGGCAUUGAUGAUCCCGCCGCCGCUACAACUUCUGGGGUUUCCAACAGCAGCACCCUUGCCCCUACGCAAAAGGGAGCGGCGGGGGCGGCGACGACGCAGCGGCAGCAGCAGCAGCCGCCGGGGCACCGCGCCGCCGCUCAGAGGGGGGCAGCACGCCGCGAGGCCUGGAGCCAGGCGCGGCGGGAGGGUGCUGUGGGGGACGGCAAGAUGCAGGAGCAAAGAACAAGCCAUAGGCAAAGAAAAGUCGCCCCGGGUGUUGGUGGUGGUGAUAUCGCAAGGAAUAGGCGGGCUUUAGGCGUUAGGUCGCUUGAGCCUACGACAAGGUCGGCCCGCCGGCGCACACCGGCGGCCGCUGCAUCAAGUCGCCAUCCUCGGCAAGCCAGCGGCGCCGGUGGGGACCAGGCGUUCGACACGGACGGUAGCGCUGGAGGCGUCGGCGGCGGCACCUCCUCUUCCUCAAAGCUCGGCAGGGGGGGCGCGGUGAACCCCCGAAUUAGCGUCCGCAGCAACAGCGGCAGCAACGCCAGGGUCGGGCGGCGGGUAGGGGGAGACUCGUGGGCGAAGCCCGGUGCGACGCGAAAGCCGGCCAGCAUUAGCAAUUCCCGAAGCAGGCAAACCCCGUCAACGGCUAGCCGGGGGGAAACGGUAACGGUGAGAGGGCGAGGCGGAACCCGGUCUGGCGGUGGCGGGAAAACCGCGCGGUCGGCCCUGUCGAAAGAUAGCCGGGCCGAGGGCAGCGGCGGCGGGAAGCCCAACGGUAACGCCCGGUCGCCUUCCAGCUACCGCUUCAGGACCACGCUCGGGCGGAGGGGUAGCCAGCAGCCCCCCCGGCCCACGGCCCCGGUCGCGUCGCCGUGGACGCCGCGCGAGGACGCGAGGCCGUGGGGGUGGGGCGGCGGCAAGGGGAGCGACCGGGGGGGCGACGAAGACGACGAAGAUGACGAAAUACGCGUCGUCGACGCGAUCGCGCACGACGAUCGGGUCCUUGGCUAUGGUGACGGCGGCAGCGGCGGAGAGGGAACGUUCGUGUCACCGCUGUCUACCGCGGGGAUCCUGCACCGGAUAUCGUCGAGCAGGCGGUCUUCUGCUGUGGCGGCGGGUCUGUCAGCACCGCCCUCGGCUGCCGCUGCGUCUUCCGGCGCCGUGCAGACGGGGGAUCGCCCCCAGCACCAGGCAGGGGCGCCGCGGAAUCAGUGGCAAGAUUCAGAACCGGGUGUUCGCGAAAGCGGUGGCGGAGGAGCGUCAUCGGCAGCGGCCACGGAAGUUUUCCGGGGGGGGGCGUCGAAGCGGAAGCGGCCGCGACUUUUCUCCUUCCGCCGGCGCCGGCGGCGAUGGGAGAGGGGAUCGUCGAAUGGGCGGGAUGUCCCGCGAAGAAGCCCAUGA